AUGAAAAAAGUAAAAGAUGAAAUUUUAAAUUUCCUCUCAUUUGACUUAAAAAAUAAAAAAUCGUUAAUAAAUUUUUAUAAAAUUUUAAAUAAAGAAUAUACAUGUGGAGAAAUUCAUAAAAAUUUAAUUUUAAAUCCAAAUCAAAAGUCUUCAUUUCUUUAUUUUGAAAUUAGACAAAAUGAAAUAGUACUGGGUUUUAAAGAUGCGAAUAAUGAUUUAUAUCAAAAAUUACUUAAAAUUAAAGAUAGCAAAAUAUUUGGAGAAAAUAUAAAAGAGGAAGAAGAUAUUUCACAUUUAAUUAAAGACAUAAAAAACUACUCAUAUAUCCAAGGAGGAGCCUUAAUAACAUUUCAUAAAAAAUUGCUAAUAGAUUAUAUAAUCUUAAAAUUAGAGAAAUUCAAAGAGAUAACAGAUAAAUAA